AUACAAAAGCAAAAAUGACAUGGGUGUCAUCUGCUGGCGCGGCAAAUGAAGCGGCUAGAAUGCAAAAAUAAAGGCGACAAGAGGGGACAGCGCUAUAACUAUGUCUCUACGCCAACUUCUCAUCCGUUUCAGCUGUUAUUCUUUAUGUUAAAGAACGCAAAUAACAGUUAAGCUUAGGCAUUUAAGCAGGAUUCAAGUCAGGAUUUCUUAGUUGGCUACCACGAACCAAUGUGUCUGCAUGAUUUCGGAAGCAAAACUACAGAGCUCGGAGUCCGCGCAGUGGGAGCAGCACUUCCUGGACUUCCUCUUGUCUACAGGAAAAGGAAGACGUCGCCGCUGCGCAACGCAUCUCCUUGCCCCAUUCCCCCAACUCUUUCCCUCACAUUCCACUUUCCAACUUCUACGAAGCCUCCGCGAGGCAGAAAAAGAAAACCGGUCUGAUUUCAACGAACGCCCGCAAGCACACGCACACCAACAAGCGCGCGAGACUAUACCGGCUGUAUUCAAGCAGUUCACGCCUAGGCGUCGGCCGCUGAGCUUCGCAACCGUCCCGCAAGACGCACGCGGUGUAUUGCGCCAUCCACGGUACAUGCCGGCGCGUCCUGCAGCGACCACCGAGACAGCGUGAAAGAAAACCGCACGUCGUAUCUUCCGGUGCCGACGAGUCCAACCAGGUGCGAUCGAGUCGUGCGUAGUCCCCAGAAUGCAGCUCACAGUAUUCUUCCUGGUCGGGGCCUUCCUCGCUGUGGCCUCGGCGCAAGACCACGUCAGGGUGAUUGCCGCAAGCAACGACUUCGCUUUCCGACUACUCCCACUGCUGUCGGGUUCCCAGAGCGACAACGUCUUCUACUCACCGUACAGCGUGACCACGGCUCUGGCCAUGGUUUAUGCCGGUGCCAACGGCACGACGCUUCGCGAACUACACGAAUCCCUGAGGUACAACAUAGUGAGGCUAGCACAGGACAAAGUCCUGCGCGCGCACGCCGGGCACAAUCGUCGCCUGCUCGCGCCGUCCAACUCGACGCUGAAGAUCGCCAACGCAGCGGUACUGGACGGCAAGCUUAACGCUCUGCCGGGCUACGUGAACGCCCUGAAGAACGGCUUCGGGGCCGAGCUUCUCAAGGUUGACUUCAUUGGAGCAGGCCAGUCAGCCGUGAACGUCAUAAACUCGUGGGUGGAUCAGAAGACGCAGCACAAGAUCAGCACGUUGUUCGACAAGCCGCUGUCUAAGGACACCAGGCUGGUGCUUCUGAAUGCCAUAUACUUCAAAGGGACCUGGCGCACAAAGUUCGCCAGGUCGAAAACGGAGAAGGCCCCCUUCUACACGGGUGACGGCCGCUCGACCAGCGUCGACACCAUGCAGGGCACUGUAAAGGCGGGAUACGCCUACGCCCGGGAUAUCGGAGCCACUGUGCUGGAUCUGCCUUACAACGGCCUAGACUACAGCAUGACGAUACUGCUUCCACGAAACAAGACCGGUGUCGAAGCGCUGAGGAAGAACCUGACUCUGCUGACAUUGAGAGACGCUCUGGCCCGGCUCAGCGAAGCUACUGUUGACGUGCAUCUCCCGAGGUUCAAGCUGGAGGAGAAAUACAAGCUGAAGGAGGUGCUACCGAGGUUGGGCAUCAGGAGGAUGUUCAACGCAGGCGAGGCCGACCUGUCCCGAAUCAACGGCGGCAUGGACCUCUUCGUGGACCAGGUGGUGCACAAGGCUGUGGUGCAGGUCAACGAGGAAGGCAGCGAGGCGGCCGCCACCACCGGUGUGGUGAUCAACACGCGCACCACGUCCGGUCCAGAAGUGUUUCGCGCCGAUCACCCGUUCCUGUUCUUCAUCCGCAACAGACGAACAGGAGAUAUCCUCUUCGUUGGACUAGUCAACAAAGUCGAAUGAGCUUCUACCUGUCCUGGCACUAACUGCAACAGUGUUUCACCUUUACAAACUGCCUUUUGCUUCAAACCGUGCACCAAAUCUUGCGUCCAUUCUGCGUUUUUUCAGUGUUGUUCAGCGUAUCUUCUUACUGUAUUCGGGGGGUUGCUGCGCUAUGAACACAUGGACAACAGAAGUAGAAGUGGACAGGAGGCGCGCCGCUUGUACUUCUGUUGUCCGUGUGCAUAUAGCGCAGUAACCUCUUUAUUACAAGAUGAGCUUCCACCAAAUAGCCCAACUUGCCGCUCUUCUACUAUGUUCAGCUCUUACUCUAUAUCAUUCGCGUCGAGGCAGAGUAAUUCGUUUGAAUGUUGCUCUGAAAUAAUCCCCGACUGUCUUUCCUUAGGAUGACUCUCCAAUUUAGAUCUACGUCACCGUCUUACGCGUGCUGUGGUCAUGAUAUAAUGAACAUAAUACAACAAAACAACAGCUAAAAAAGACAGAAAAAGAACUGAAGAUUUGAAUGAAAGAACAGGAAAGUACAGAUGUUCCCGUUAGUGUAUUCGUUCCGCUGCUUUCACAGUUAUAAUACGCAGCAUAAGCCCCUACCUACCUCUCUGUACGUUAGAAAAGGAGAAAUGCAGAAAGAAGUUUUGGGUGAAGGCUAAUUCCAUGAAAUAAAAUAUUACGUUCGUCAUUAAGCCACACGUUACGUUUUUACAAGUUAUUCAGAAUCGUAGGAGAUUAGAAUGCAAGUGAAACUGGCCACCGGCUUGCAAGCAUUUCUGUGGCAGUAACCCUGACGUGGAGGCUUCAAAGGAAAGCAGAAUGAGGAAAUUAUUGCUCAGCCAAGUUUGUUCAUAAGAUUGUUAUGAACACUUUUUUUAUGAUGCGAACGUAAGCAUGUAAAAAAUAAUGGAGCAUUCUUAAUUCCUUAUAUAGAAGAUACAUAAAUGUGCGAUUGUUCAAAGCAAACGUGUGCGAGUAAAAAUACAGUACCGAAUCAGGCAGCGUUGCUUAGAAAACGCCUAAAUUCGACCUUGCGUGUUGAGCAGAAUUUGGGGUUUUAAGGUUUUGAGCUUGUAUUAUGGUGUGCUCGUGCUAGACCUUCGAUCUCUUCCCGCACGACAAAUCCACUCCUUUCUCUGCGCCCUUAUAGAUAUGUAACUGCGCCCACCCAAGUUUAUAAAGGAUGUAUUUUGUUAUUGUGCUUUUUCCAACGGCUAUCACUUCAAAGGACGUAACGGAAGCACGCUGGAUUCUUUUGUUCUUCUUUGAGAACCUUAUCUGCGUUUGCCAGAGUGGAAACCGCCGAUAGAACUUCCUAUGACUGCCUUCCCAGCGCAGAGGACGUUGGCUCCCAGCACGUGUCAUCUGUUCAAAGCUAUAAAAACAGGGUGUAUAUUUA